GGAUAAGAAAGGCAGGAGUCCUUCCCCACCGAGAGCCCCCCUCUAACUCCUGCGGCCGGAGGAGUUUUUCCUGAUCUCUGUGCUCCCCUGGGGCUAGAGAGGUCGAGCAACUCUUUGGGUGGGAAAAGAGAACUGGAGGAAGUUGACAGGGAUGGGCGGGGCCCGUGGGGGGGCUGACCAGGAACCCAGCUUCCUGCUCAGAACCCAGGCAUCUAGCCCCCAGCUGGCCCCCACCCCUUCCAGCCCCCACUCCCCUCUGGAACCCAGGGUUCUGGCACUCUUCCCAAAUCCCAGCCACCCCUCCCCCACCAGUUUCUCCCCUCCAGGGGAUGGAGACCGAAAGAGCCCAGGACGGAGAAGAGGAUGGUGAGCAGCAUCAGGGCCCUUCCCAGGAUGAACAGGGCUGGCCCCCUCUAAACACCACCACUCGUCCUUGGCGAUCUGCUCCUCCGUCCCCUCCUCCAGGGAACCGCCACACAGCCCUGGGGCCCCGCUCGGCCUCCCUGCUCUCCCUGCAGACAGAGCGCCUUCUGGACCUAGUGGCUGAGGCCCAGUCCCGCCGUCUGGAGGAGCAGAGGGCCACCUUCUGUGUCCCCCAGAUCCCCCCAAACCGAGCCCCAGCCCCACCCCGGCCUCUUGAGGACAGAGAACAGCUCUACAGCACCAUCCUCAGUCACCAGUGCCAGCGGAUGGAAGCCCAGCGGUCAGAGCCUCCCCUACCCCCAGGAGGACAGGAGCUCCUGGAGUUGCUGCUGAGGGUUCAGGGUGGGGGACGAAUGGAAGAGCAAAGGUCCAGACCUCCCACACAUACUUGCUGAGACCUGAACUGGCCCCUCUGCGCUCCUGGGGCUCAAAGCUGGGCGGCCCACUGCCUGCCCUCAACCCUGC